GCCUCCUAAUCAGUCCUGCUCAGUGAUUACAACAAAAUGUAGAUAUUUUCUGAUAUGAGGAUUCCUACUUGUGUACAUUACUCAAUUGCCAGUCUUCAAGUAUUGUAUAAUAGCCCACCCAAGAAUUAGCAAAUAUACGCACCGUGACGUCAUCGGAUGUAGAAGUGUUUCCGGGUUAUGAAGGCAUGUCAAAAUACAAGCCGGUGUAUGUCCAAGGAGAACCAUAAGUAAUGCCGCUUCACAAGUACCCACCUGCUAUUUGGAAUACUCUUAAGCUGAAGGAAGGUAUUUAUGCUCGUCUGCCUGCACAUUAUCUACGCUCACUACAAGAAACCAGGAAACCUACGCCUGUGCACUGGAAACCCCAUGGACAGAAAUACCGGCUGAACCCAAAGUCGGGGCUGAGGGAGCGUGUUCAAGAUGUACCAGUAAUUCCAUAUUUCCCUCCAGAAACCAACGAUGGUCUGUGGGGUGGAGAAGGAUGGGUCUCUGGAUAUCGAUAUGCAAAUAAUGAUAAGUUAUCGGCAAGGGUAAAGAAGAUUUGGAAACCUCAGCUCUUCAAAAGAGAUCUCUACAGUGAGAUAUUGGACAAGACAUUUACUAUCCCUGUCACAAUGAGAACGCUGGACCUAAUUGAUGCUGCCUAUGGAUUUGAUUUUUAUAUCCUCAAGACUCCAAAGGAGGAUUUGAAUUCAAAAUUAGGUAUGGAGUUAAAAAGAGCAAUGCUUUUACGUCUUGCAACAAGAGACCCAAGUCUGCACCCAAGUGAUUCCGCAAAAAGAGAAAACAUCUACAACAAAUACAAGGCCUUUGAAAUCCCAAAAGAGGAAGCAGAAUGGGUGGGACUGACAUUAGAGGAAGCUGUAGAAAAACAGAGACUACUUGAAAAGAAGGACCCCACACCUCUUUUUAAAGAAUUUGUGGAUGAACUGGUUCAGGAGAUGGCAGCUCAGAAGCUUGAAGAAACCAUACCCAAUGAAACAAAAUCCUAACACUUGCUAAAUGUUCUACUGUAACUAUACAACAUUCUAUUUUGGAAGGGGUUUAUGGGACAUGUUACAAACCUAUUUCAAGAAUCAGCAUCACUACUGGAUUAACAAGACUGGAACUAGCACUCAUUGGAAACAAUACUGAUGUUAAUUUGGUAAUGGCAGUGUCAUAGACCAACAUAAUGCUACUCAGCUGGUGUAAUACAUUUUUUACGGCUCUAAAAGCAAGCACCAAUAAAGCAUCUAGUUACAAAAAUCCUA